AACUGCAGUGCAAAGGCGGAGUGCAUGAACAAAAAGGUGAAUGUCGCGGAUGGGAGUUUGUAAUAAACGAAGAUAAGGUUCAGAUCAGGUCUGAGAUUCGAGAGAGGAAAAAGAUGCAUUAUUACCGGUAUGAGACUGCAGAGGUCAGCUGUUGUUUUAAGUACCUGAUGUUCAGCUACAACAUCAUCUUCUGGCUAGCUGGAGCGGCAUUCAUUGCUAUCGGGUUUUGGGCCUGGAGUGAGAAGGGUGUGCUGCUGGACCUGACUCAGGUCACGCGCCUGCAUGGCUUCGACCCGGUUUGGUUGGUUCUGGCGGUGGGCGGCGUCACCUUCAUCCUGGGAUUUGCCGGCUGCGUGGGCGCGCUUAGGGAGAACAUCUGCCUGCUCAAAUUUUUCUCAGGUGUCAUUGGCUUUAUCUUCUUCCUGGAGCUGACGGCAGCCGUGCUCGCCUUCGUCUUCCAGGAGCCCCUGAAGGAGUGGAUCAGCGAAUUCUUCCUGGCCAAUGUCAAAGCCUACAGGGAGGACAUCGACCUGCAAAACCUCAUUGACUCUCUGCAGAGGCUGAACCAUUGCUGCGGAGCCAACACACCUAGUGACUGGGACCUGAACGUCUACUUCAACUGCUCCCAGCAGAACCCCAGCAGGGAGCGCUGUGGAGUGCCCUUCUCAUGCUGCCUGAGUGACCCAGCAGACACGGUUGUGAACACGCAGUGUGGCUACGAUAUCAGAAUUAAAAAGGGUGAUUGGAGCGACACUAUCUACACCAAAGGCUGUAUCCCCGCCCUGGAGGAGUGGCUACCCCGCAACAUUUACAUUGUGGCUGGAGUCUUCAUCGUUAUCUCACUGCUGCAGAUGAUGGGAAUCUUCCUGGCACGUACACUGAUCAGUGACAUUGAGAAGGUCAAGUUCAGUUAUUACUGAGACAUCAGAAACCUCUGGUCUGCAGAGGGCUGUGCUGGACAGAGACUGUCCCCAAACUUUUGCUCUCAUCGGCUACGGCCAGCCUUCUCUGUCUGUCCUCACGCUUCAUUGGGGACUGCUGCACCAGGGGGACAGCGACACUGUAUACGCCAGAGAUAGGAAUGGACAAUGUUUCUGGAAGAGUUUUUUCCUCUGGAGUCCAAAUGGAUUUUAAGUGAAGAACUGCAAUUUGUUUGUUUGCCUUGUUUCAUUAUUAUUAUUUGUUUGUUAUGGUGAAUGUUUUUUCCCCUUCACCAAGUGAGAACUGCUCAUCUCAUGAUCUCCAAAGAGCAGGGAGUGAAUGUGAAGACCCACCUUUCCAAAGAGCACUGGUUUUCAUUCCUGGGGUCUCCUGCUCUCUGCUGUAGGAAAGCCAGCAGUGUGGACACUUCAACUUAAAUGGGGUUCAUUUUGUCUACAGUUAUAACCCAUCAGGAAUGCACCCUGUUACCAUCUCAUGACCUCACAGCACUGAUCAUUCCAUUCCAUUUCAUUCCACAGCAGCCAGGCCUUAUGGCCAGGUCUCACCUCUGUAGGGCCUAUAUCAACUCGUGAUCAUAAAGACCAGGUCUUAAUAUAUCCGGAAAAUGGCCUACAAGAACCUUCUGUGCCUUCUUUAGGGGUGGGACACAUCUUCCUUUUGUUUAGAAGAAAUACAGUUGUUACACUCCUUGCUCCUGCCCCUCACCCUGGUUGUCCCAUUUUGGAAGAUGAGAGAGUAUUCUUUCUUGCCUUCUGGUCCAGUGGGCACUGGGACCAUGCAGGGUGCAUAUCUGACCAGGUAGGAGCACAGUCACACUACAUACCCAGGCAGAAUCCGAGAAAUACAACAGUGACCAGGAAAUCGUGAUUUCAUAGCUGUAAAUGUAAUAUCUGAAUGAAAGAGGUGGAAGGGCAGACUCCUCUGCAGUGCAACUGGCUGUGCUAACAUUGUCACAGGAGAUGCUCCAGUAUCAGGCAAGAGUAGGAGAGCUGAGCGCAGGCUGGCCUCCUAAGAGAGCUCACGGCCUUUUAGAUUCGGUUUGCAUUAUGUGUAAUUACAUAGUGACUGCUCUGUCAGAAAGUUAAUAAUUAGCCACCUUACUGGACUGGAACAUCUACAUGAUAUAAUAGUAAUAAUCAUUAGAAUAAUAAAGAAAAUAGUGGUAGGAAUGACUACAUAUUUAGUCAGCUGAAGCAACAGAGUAAAUGUGGGUUAGCGGUGAUGAGUGAGGUUGCUGUCAUAAUGAUGAUGUUGGAGCCGAUCGGGAAUCUUCGUGAUGUAGCAGCUGAAGUUCUGAAGUGUUUCCAUGGUGACAUUGAGCAGUACAGG